AUGGAAAAUCGUAGGGGUGUUGAACAAGGUUCAUACAUAUGGGGGCGCAGUGUACACAAUGUUCGCAUCGAAUGUCUCUGGCGUGACAUGACUCAGGGCUUCGGGAGGAAAUGGAAGCAGUUCUUCCAGCUCCUGGAGGUUCAUCAUGACCUUAAACCGAACCUGGAUGCUCACAUCUGGCUACUGCAUCAUGUAUUUCUUGAUGCAGUAAAUGAAGAUGCUGUUCAGUGGGCAGAAGCCUGGAAUUAUCACCGUUUACACAUUCCAGGUGGAGGGCAGUGGAGCCCUCGAGACUUAUUCUUUUCUGGCAUGAUUCAGAAUGGUGCCCAUGGUUACGAUCCGACUUCGCUUCCAGGUGACAGUGAGAUUGGCGACAUUCAGGAGUACGGGAUUGAUUGGGAGGAUUAUGAUGACAAUGACAUUCAAAAUCAUCAUGACGAUGCAAACACUACUGAUUUGGACGACCAGGCUCAAAACCCCUUCUUCACGCAUCGACCUCAGUAUCUCUCUGAUAUUCAUGUUCCUGAAACAUAUAGCCCUUUGAGCCAUCAGCAAGUGCAAUAUCUGGAUGAUUAUAUUGCAGGUCACCCUGACAGUGGAUCGCAGAGCAUGGACAGGAGAAGGUCACUUUGGGUAGAUGUGCUUAAUUUCUGCGUCGAGAUGUUCAGUGUCUCCUAUCACCAGUGA